UGGAAGAGAGAUAGCAGGCAGCAUGGAUUAGCGUGUGGGGGAGCGCAACUUGUGCUCUUUGGCUGAGAGCACAGAGAGCUUGCCCUUCUCUCCAUUUUGGUGGGGAGCACUCAGAAGCACGCCUGAAAUGGGAGCAGCAGGAGCCACUGCUGAGGACCUGGUGGAGUGCACCCACGGAAGAGUUCCAGCUGAGGACCUGGUGGAGCAGCACCCACCCCUGAUGGGAGAAGAGGGGGGCUUCCAGGCAGGAUUGACCAAACCACCUCCUCCAAUCUCUCCUGGGGGCGAGGAGAAGGAAGGAGUCAAAGGUCAGUGAUUGUCACACUCAUCGCAGCAGCUGUAAAUAAGUCAACCUGAUUUCUUCACACAAAGCCCAAGUUCAUUUGACCUUGCUGAUACCCUGGGAGUGCGGAACUAUGCUUGCUGGAACUGGUCCAAAGAAGUGGUCUAUGAUUCAUUCCUUCCUUCAGCUUCACCACAGCAGAGGCGGUGGUCCCCAGAUGUCAUGGACUGAAGCAGUUUAUCAAACUGAAUGCAGAGGGGGAAGUAUGUGACCAUCAAGACUCUUCUGGGAUAGGCACCAUGUUGCUUGCUGGCUUUCGCAAAUUUGAAUAGAUUUAAGAAUAAGGACAGGCUUUCAGAGAAGUCUUGUGGACAGCAUGUGGAUACCAAACAUUUCAGUGCUGGGACAAUUUCCAUGUAACCCCCCCCCCAUCAUCUUUUAAGUCUCUAGUUGCUUGCAAGUGUCUUAGGAACUACAGUGCUGGCAUUUCAUGAGGACUGAGCCUGGUGUAGAAUCUCAGCUGUACUGGAAUCUCUAACCAACAGGCCCGUGUGCCUACCUGCCUCCCCCUAUUUCUCCAGCCUGCCCCUACUGCUAUAGGAAUGGAAAGGAGGAGGGUAGGAGAAAUAUGAGGGAAUAUUUAUUUGGUGUCAUUUUUCUUGUCCCGCUGGGGCAGGGAGCAGCCAAGCUGAACAUCUCUGGCUUUCGUUUUGUCAGCUGCAAUACUCAUGUGAUGUCCCAGAGUGACAGAGUUACAGCAGGAGCGAAGCUUCCCGGGAACGGUCACUUCAUUGUUAGGUGCUGCCCCCCUGGAGGAGACAUUUAACUGAGAUCCCUAGUACCCAGCUCCGGUGGACCUCAUUGACAUUCUGUCUCUCAAUGAGACGGUUUCUGUGCAACGGUUUCUCUUGUUUCACGCUGUGCGGGUCAGGACUGAAUGGACUGUUUGUUGUUUGUUUGUAGUGUGUCUAGCACUAUGGUGCCCCAGCCUGGUUCAGGCCUCUCUGUGCUAGUACAGAUGAUAAUGAGACUUCAUUGCUACAUUUGGGUAUGGUACAGUUACUGGAUACAACUGUACUGCCGUUAACUGCCUCAAGUGCUGAUGGUGAUCUGUUGAGCAAUUCUAACCAAACAAUGGGAGUUCAGCCUGAAAACAGCAAAGCUCCAGGCGUCAGCAGUAGCCCCCAAAACUGUCGCACCUGUUACCAGAACAUCUUUUGCAAUAUCAAGGUGUUUGUGAUUUGCCAUGGCCUUCUCCAGUUAUUCCAGCUUCUUUACAGUGCUAACUUCAAGAGCAGCCUGACCACCAUUGAGAAGCGCUUUGGGCUCUCCAGUCUCUCUUCCGGCUUCAUCUCCAGCCUGCAUGAGAUUGGCAAUGUUGUCCUCAUCAUCUUCGUCAGCUACUUUGGCAAUCGAGUUCACCGCCCCCGGCUUAUCGGCUUGGGGGGCCUGCUGCUAGCCCUGGGGGCUUUCCUGGUGACCCUUCCACACUUCCUCUCUGACCGGUACAAGUUUGCCCAAAUGAACACGGGUAACAAGAGUCACACCAAGGCCUAUCUCUGUCACAAGGAGGAUAUGUUUGUGUGUCCCAGCACCACCCAGGACCCCCGCAAAGAGGCAAGCAGCAUGUGGGCAUUGAUGGUCAUUGCCCAGCUGUUAGCUGGGAUUGGAACUGUUCCCAUUCAGCCCUUUGGGAUCUCCUAUGUGGAUGACUUUGCUGAGGCAAACAAUUCUCCACUGUACAUUGCAAUCCUGUUUUCCAUCGCUGUGUUCGGCCCGUCUUUUGGAUACUUGCUGGGGUCCGUGGUGCUGCGGCUUUUUGUGGACAUUGGGAGACCUGACGUGAAUCUCAUAAAUUUGACACCACACGAUCAACGCUGGAUUGGAGCCUGGUGGCUGGGGCUGCUCAUCUCUUCAGGCUGCCUGCUGCUCAUCUCCAUUCCCUAUUUCUUCUUCCCUCGGUACAUGUUCAAAAGGCAGGAUGCAGGCGCCGAGGCAGACAUGCUGAAGAAGAUGGAGAAGGCAAAGGCUGAAGAAGUCUCCCUGACAGAGUUCAUUAGAAAAUUCCCUCGGAUCUUUCUCAAGCUGCUCCUCAACCCCCUCUUCAUUCUCCUGGUCCUGGCUCAGUGCAGCUUCUCCUCAGUCAUAGCUGGUCUCGCCACCUUCCUCAACAAGUUCCUGGAGAAACAGUACGGCACCACCUCGUCCUAUGCCAACUUCCUCAUUGGAGCUGUGAACCUGCCCGCCGCCGCACUGGGGAUGCUUCUAGGAGGAAUCAUCAUGAAGCGCUUUGGCUUCUCCAUCAAAGCCAUCCCACGGUUUGCACUGGUGGUGCUCCUCAUCUCCGUCCUCUGCUGCCUCCCCCUUUUCUUCAUGGGCUGCCCUACACAGACCAUUGCUGGGGUUUACCCACCCAGUACAUCGAGUUCCCAGUCACAAGCUAAGUGCCCCACUGCGUGCUCCUGCUCAGAGUACCUCUUUCACCCUGUCUGUGGAGACGACAACGUGGAGUACAUCUCCCCCUGCAAGGCUGGCUGCUCGGAUUCCAUUAAUUCCUCCACGCCCAAGGACAUGAUCUACGUGAACUGCUCCUGUAUCCACACCAAGAAUGGACAGUCCUCAGCAAAGACAGGUUCCUGUUUGGUCAGCUGUUCCCAUUUACUCCUUCCUGUCAUAUUCCUCAUCUCGUUUGCUGCCCUGAUAGCAUGCCUGUCUCACAAUCCCCUCUACAUGAUGGUAUUACGGUUGGUGAACCAGGAUGAAAAGUCAUUUGCUAUUGGAGUCCAGUUCUUACUGAUGAGACUGUUAGCCUGGUUACCUGCUCCAGCUCUCUUUGGUGUCAUCAUUGACUCCUCCUGCCUCCACUGGAAUAAGCAAUGCAGCAAGCGAGGAUUCUGCGCCUACUACAACAACGACUUCCUUCGUAGCAGAUACAUAGGCCUCCAGAUGGGGUACAAACUCCUUGGCAUUCUGCUGCUAGUCAUCAUCAACUGGCGGGUGAAGAAGAACAAGGAAUACAACGUGCAAGAUAAGGCAGCUGGCCUGGUCUAGCCCUGACCUGCAAACGGACCCCUGAGCGCACCCUUCCUAGCCUAUCCAUAUUUACUACCAGUACUUAGCCUUUUCAUGUUAUUUUGUAAGAAAACAACUCCUUAUUAGCGUCUGAGCUCCACUAUGCAAAUUGCUCUGUAACCCAGCUAUGCAGACCAUGGCCAGACAUCGUUGCACUUCCAAGGAGGGGAAUGGAGAACAAACUGGGCUUUCCAGUGUGGAUUUCCCAGGACACGUGGAAAAGAAGAGCCGGUGGGCGAGAACUCGUGAAGAGACCUAUUUGAGAUCUGAGAGCAAGGUGUUCUCCAGCAGAGCGUCACUCAUCCCCAAAGAAAAGGGGAUUUAUUUUUGUUUUCUAAAGGAGAAAUAGAAGAGGGGUCUGGCCUGUGAGGAGGAACCCCUGGGCUGCCCCAAGAGCAUCUAGCCUCUUGGAAGACUUUGAACAUGCAGGAAUGGCAAGUGGGAAAAAUUCUACUUGGGGUAAAGCUGUUACAGCUGCUAAAGCCGUGUGUAUAGGCUGGGGGAGGGGGACAAGGAGUGAGAGCCCUGUCCACUGCUCCAGAAAUUCCUGUCCACCCCCUGUGUCUGUGAAAGAGCUUGCUUCAGUCCAAUGUAUUCUAUCUCAUGCCAUGUAUGCUAUGCCUGGCCUGGCAGGGGGACCAGAGGAGGGAGGGGGACCAGUCAUGGCAUUAGCAUCAAAGAAAUUUAUAGUCUCUGCUCAGAGAUCUAUUCCCUCCCCCUCACACACAGGCCAGCAUGGACACAGAUAGAUGAACUGUAUGAAGUUAGUGCUAGUAGUUUAUUUUGCAAUGUCAUGUUUUUAAAUAAAACCCACGUUUACUA